CAAAUACACCGGCCGGCGAUCUGAAUUUGAACAUACAACCCUGAGAGGUACUGGUAGUGCAGCGAACAGACAAAAUGAGGCUUAAUUUCGAUUUUCCAGAAUCUACCACCGACGAACCCCUAACACCACCGCCACCGCCACAGCCACAACCACGGUCACCGUCACAGCCUCAACCAGUGUCACCGUCGUCAGCCACAACAGGAAACGACGACGUAGAGUGGCUUCCCCUUCAAAACCACCCUAUUUUCUCCACCACUACAACUGCCCGUCCAUUUAGUAAUGUUCCUAGAAACCGUAAUCUGAUGGCGUGGGAUGGUGCUUCUCGUCUCUACUAUUGGGACAUCAACUCCCAAACCCUAAAUCGUAUCACUCUCCGCUUCGGUGAACCCGACCCCUCUUCCGUCCUCGCCGCUUCCCCUCCAAAGGUGAUGCGAGCGGAUGUGGAGCUUAAUUUUACCGUAGAUAGGAUAACUAUUAACAGACAUGGGUCGGCGUUACUGUUAGAGGGAGCAAAUGGCUUACGUGUUAUGUAUCUCUACGGACGUUCUUCAUCAAAAGACAGUGCCGUUAUUUGCAGGACGGUGUCUGUUGGGUCAGAUCUUUACUUUAACACAAACAAUGCCAUAAGGACUUUGAAAGUUUCGUGGCACCCGUAUAGUGAUACUCAUCUUGGGAUUUUAUCUUCUGAUUCAGUUUUUAGGCUUUAUGAUUUGUCAUCGGCUCUUGAACAACCAGAGCAGGAAUAUUAUCUUCAGCCGGUUGAAUGUGGGAGAUCAAGGAAUGCUUCAUCGAUAUGUCCUGUUGACUUUUCGUUUGGUGGUGAUCAUUUGUGGGAUCGAUUUAGUGUUUUUGUACUAUUUAGCGAUGGUGCGGUUUACGUCCUUUGUCCAGUAGUUCCUUUUGGGAGUGUAUACAAAUGGGAGUCUGUAUUGGAGAUAUAUAGUGAUGCUCAAACAUUUGGCCUUAAAGCCGAAAGCUCAAAAGCCGUCAGUAAUGCAAAUCUGGCAAUUUCCUGGUUAGAAGCUACAUUUCCGGAGUUGGCUCGGCAAGCAGCAGAAGGAGGGAAUCAACCUGCAUUAAGAACUCAUCCUUAUGCUUUAUUUGAUGCAUCUGUUUCACUGCAGGGGCCCCUUCAUAAGGUGUACCAUGGGAAGGAAGAAGAUUCCAAAUUGAAGAUUCCUGAGUGUGAGGGUCGAGCUGUCAGCUUUCUUUACAAGGCAGUAAGCAAAGAUUCAAUUCUUGUAACAGCUUGGAGUAGUGGGCAGCUACAAAUAGAUGCAUUAGCUGAUGAGAUACAGCCCAUUUGGAUAGAAGGUAAUCAGCCUCGCCUUUCAGUCGAUUCCCGUGACCAAAUAGUUGGUGUUGCUAUGAUUUGUGAAACUCGCUCCACUGAGUUGUCAGUUUUGACACUCGAACAGUCAACCGAACAAAUUUGGUUGGGACAUUCACCCCCGUUGUUGAGGCUGGGAACUGUCGAUUUGGCUUUACCCGGAAAAACUGAUAGCGGUUCCAUAAUUUCAAUGUUUGUUGACCCCCUUUUACCCGAGAGGAUAUAUUGCAUUCAUGAUGGAGGGGUGGAUUCAAUAGUGUUACAUUUUCUUCCUUUCACAAAUCAGAAAAAUGGGAUAGAUGAUGACAUGAGAGCUCCAACUGUUCAGUCAGUUCUCAAUACGUGCCAGAUGGAAUCUUCCGUGUCUCCUCUUUGUGGUUUUGUGGCAUUGUCAGACUCAUUUGGAUGCUCAUGGAUUGUGGGACUCACAUCUGGGUUUGAAUGCAUUGUAGUAGGGAUGGAAAGUUGGAAUCUUUUGCUCCCUGCUCAUAUUGAUAAAGAAAAGAAUUUCACGAGUUUGGAAGAACCUGUAGGAAACGGAGAUGCUACUAUCAUAAGCAAAGAAUUACUCAGUGGUCCAAAGGUGGUUCUUGUGCCACCCACUUCGCUAAAUCCUGUUGCUGCUGACUCCAUUGAAGGGAGGUCUACUCUUCAUCAGUACUUUAAGCUGUUCCAUGAGAACUAUGUUGAGUACGCGCAUAAGGUUUACUUUGAGCUCAAACACCAUGGACCUCAACUUAAGAAAAUCAUUGAUGAGCAGCAUGCUCGUUUGCGUGAGGCAAAACAGAAGCUAGUUAAAGUUGAAGAGAAACAAGAAAAAUUGGAGAAACGAAUUGAUCGUGCCAUUCAAACUCAUGGUCUCUUGGAAGAGCGGUUGUUAAACUUAAGAAACCUACCUGGCAUCCACAAGAAACCAUUGUCAAAAGCAGAGAGAGAGUUCAAGAUGGAGCUUGACAGAUUUAGAGGCUUGGAAUUGGAUGCAUUGCACACAACCAUAGAAGCUAUAAAUGGUCGGAUUAAAAGACAUUCAUCUUCUCCACAAAGUAAGAGACCCAACCAAAUAAGGCAAUAUGCAGGAAGGAGGAAGGGAUAUGGCGAAGCUGAUGAGAUCUUCCAGCUCAGAUCCUCAAUUGCAAAACUUUCUAUAGUCAACAGUGAGAAUACAAAAAAGGUCAAACUUUUGGAUUCAGCUUUAAAAAACCGUGAAAAUAUCAGUUGAGGCAAAUAACUUAUUCCAAGUUCAUUUAAUAUUAAGAAUUAUGAUGUUAUACUUUAAGUUGUCUUCUAAUCCGGUAACUUUGCGUUGUACUUUUUGUUUUGA